AUGCAGCCUGAUCGUGAAGCCGCCAAACACACUGCUUGUGCCCAUUAUGCUCGUCUACUAGAAGAGUGUCAUAACAGUUCCUAUGCCCGUCGUAUGUUGGGGGCUUGUAACAAUGAGAAGGAUGCUCUAAGUGCUUGUAUGCGCCAAUUCAGUCAUGACUAUGCUCGUCAACGUUUGGCCAAUGCACGUGAGAACGCAGCAGCCAAGAAUGCUAAUGCUAAUGCCUGGGAUGAUUUAGAGCGUGAUGAAGCUCUAUUGCGCCAGCUCGUUGAACGUGAGAAAGCCAAACGUAACUCGUAA